UUUAAUUUUGCGGCUCAGCUCGCUCGUCACCUUUAUUUUGAUGGUGAUGUCGAUACUCGCCGUUCUCGUAUUCCUCAGUACAGCGUUCCAAAAGCGCAGUGUACCCGUCAGCAUCAUUGUGAGCUCAAGCACGAUAACGAAAUAUAGAAAUUCCAUCGGAAGAAUGGAUUUAGCAUCUAUGAAUUUUAGCAUCUAUGUUGAUCUGGGGCCAGUGUUUAACUGGAAUGUCAAGCAUCUUUACCUCUAUCUAUCAGCAGAAUAUACUACAGAGAUCAAUGCAUUGAAUCAAGUGAUUCUGUGGGAUAAAAUCAUUUCACGAGGAGAAAAUCCUAGAUUUGAUUUUCAUAAUAUCACAAACAAGUAUGUAUUCUUGGAUGACGGAUAUGGCCUGAGAGGAAAUAAGAACGUCUCCUUGUUUCUUUCAUGGCAUAUUAUUCCAAAUGCUGGAAUCCUGUUUCUGAUUCCUGCCUCCAGUAAAACUGUAAUUUCAUUACCUGAAAAGUACGAAGAAACCAAGAAUUAUUGAAGCAAAAGAAGGGAGUGGAUGGAAAGCUGAAC